UCUUCUGGAAACUUCAGGACGAUGAAGAGGAACUCAUUUUGGCUGGGUUUUAGCUAAUUAUUAAGUUUUUGUUUUAUGGAAAACGUGUUGCUGGACCGAAGAUCAGGAUGAUACCAUGCUGGUCCAACUGCUAGGGCUGAUUUUUCUGCUAAACUCUGCAAAUUCGCAGCCCAGCAAUAGCGAAGUGGUGUACCAUGACACCGCGAUGUAUGGCGUGGUGGGCAAAGCCGUAAUCCUGGAGUGUGGGUCCGCCUUACCUGACAUAUACAUAUGGGGCUUCACCAAACCUGGCACUGAAAAAAUCAAGGCGAUAGUGUACGACCUGGGCGAAGGUCCCAAGAUCCAGAAGCUGGCCCAGACGCUCGGGCAGUUGACGGUUAUCUCCAAAAGUGCUGAUAUAAGCAUCGACAAGCUUCCUGUGGCGGCUCAGGGCCUCUACACCUGCCAGGCUUUCUACGACUUAGAGAACACACCUGUAGUUCACUAUUACUAUGUGCAUCUCACAGUACGAGUACCAGUGACGAAGCCUUACCUCCUGGUGAGCGAUGUGUCUCCAGUGGAAGGAUCAACAAUAUGGCUUAGAUGUAAUCUGGACAACGGGACAGGCCCCAUCCAGUAUAUGUGGCAGCAUGAAAAUCAUCACGGAAACGUAUCGGCGUUCGCGCAGGGCAACAGCAGUGUCAUCAACGUGACCGAGGUGAACCGUAACCACACAGGCUGGUUCCGCUGUCUGGCCAGCAACGCAGUGAACAGUGAGCGCUCUGAUCGAAUAUGGCUGGAUAUUAUCUUUGGUCCGGACAUUCCCAGUAUCGACGUGACGCCAUACACGGCAACCGAGCGAGGUUACUCAGCUCUGGAACGAGAGACCGUCUCUCUGCAGUGUCAAGCUCAGUCCAACCCACCCAGUCAGUACGUGUGGUUCUACAACAACUCGCAGGUGUACAGCGGGCCUCGAUACACCAUCACCAAGGUUCGCCGCAUGCACACGGGCGACUACGCCUGCCUGGCACAGAACACCUACCUAAACACUCGUUCCAAGAAAACCAUCAGCUUAACCGUCUACUAUCCACCAGAUGGUUCCCCUUCUUGCUCCUUGGAGCCGGCAGCUAAUCACACCUCCCUGAGACUACGCUGCUCCUGGCCUGGCGGUUUCCCAUCCGCCACUGUUCAAUGGGCCGGACACUUGAAACGUGCAAGAAGAGAUGAGGCCGACAGUAGGCACAACAGCGAUAUUUUGUUGCCGUCCGGAUCUUUCUCUGGCAACAGCAGCUUGUUUACAUGCAAAGGCUCUCACCUAGCACUCAAAAAUCCACUGGAGUGCAGCACACGUGCAUAUCUACCCCCUUCAGAACCGGUGUGUUUAGCCUACGUGACCGUCAACAAGAUGUAUCUGAUGUUGUCUUGCUCCUGGGACGGAGGGACACCGAAUGCUUUGGUGUGGUGGGAAGGCCCCGGCGACCUUGGCACAACGAGAGAAGAGAACUCGAACAUCCUGAUCAUUCGCUAUGGCACGGCCCGCAGUGGAAGACCUUACGUCUGCCAUGCAAAACACCCACUUGUGGUCCAAACACAGACCUGCAGGCUAACAUUAGAGGCCCCGGUGUUACUAACACAACGAAGGGUUGUAUCCGUGUAUGAAGGGGCCGAUGUGCAACUCUCUUGCAACCUGAGAGCAAACUACCUUCCAACCAAUCAAAUAACCUGGUUCAAUAAUCACGGUUUGGAUGUCAGGGACACCGCCAAGUACAUGCUACUACGAACGUCAGCAUGGGCUAACCUGACUGUGAGAAACACAGAUGAAACUCAGGAUAGUGGCGAGUACAGGUGCACCUCAAGCAACGCGGUUGGAGGAGCUGACCUUAACAUCACGCUAGUAGUUAUGAAGCAUCCCAUGCCUCCCAAUGCCACCCUGAUCAGGGUAACCUACAUUGGUCGCCAGCGGAACGAGGUGGAGUUAGAGUGGCAGAUGGAGGAUGACGCUCAACAAGGCUGGACCGGAUUCAUAGUGCAGCACCGAGCUGCAAACGGGAGGCCAGAGAAGAGAGCAAACAAUGACUCGAUGAGGGAAAGAGAGGAACGAAUGAGUCCCUCAGUUUGGCAGCAUAACAUCAUCCAGGAUCCUGAUGUCAGAAUUCACACUGUGGGCAGACUGACACCCAGCACAAACUACCAGUUCCGGAUUAUGCCUUUUAACCACCGAACCUUCGGGCACCCCUCUGCUGCGAAGAUGCCAGGUGAAAGACCCAACCCAAAUCCUACACAAACAUCCACACACGACAAUCAUUUUCUGUUUGCUUCUUCCCUUCUUCUGUCAUCUUAUGUUCUAUGUAUAUGAGAAUAUUCCACCUAAAGUUAAGCGGGGGAAUUUUGGAAAUAUUCAAAGUUGGACAAAGCUGAGGAUGUGGAUGGAGAUUAUUACGGUACUACUAUAUGGCGCACCCUUAUAAACUUUUAGUAAUUACAUUUUGAGUAGCUUCUAUCAACAAUCUAAUACAAUUUCCCUGUUGACUCAAUGAGUUUUAACUUAAAAUGGGAUCUGGUGUACUAAAUAGUACAGUAUAUAGUCUAGCAACAUGAAUCACAGAACUAAGAACUAAUGGGGGAACCAGUGAACUAGCUGUUUUGUGUUAAAACUGUUUUUUUUUAAAUUUAUUAUUAUUAUUUUUUUAAAUCCUAUAAAUACCCAUGUUACAUCAGCUUGCAACAUGUCCAACUUCAAAAAUUCCCCAAAUUUUACAACUUUACUCACGCCAUAUCUGUGAUUGCUAACAGCUGAGAACAUCCAUGUUAUAAGCCUAAGAUUCUAAAUAUGUUAAGUGUAUAUACCAGUGGUGGAUGCUGUUAUUUCAAGGAGGGGAAGCUCAAAGUGUGUCCAAAGGGGCUCAGGGAAAGAAAUUAGAGUGCCAGAAGUCUGUCUCUAAACACAAGCAGCGACAAAAGAAAAAAAAAAUUUUUUUACUUGUCGUUUUUAACAAAGAUAGUGUCACUAAGAUGAUUAGGAAAGUCUCCAGUUCAACUCAGAACAACAGAAUGAAAAUUGAAAAAUUCUUCCCACGGACGUUAAACAACAAAAUUGCUGAUUCGCUCAUUUCCCUGUCAAUCAAAAAGGGAUUCAGCCUCAGACAGAUCAUCCAAUCGUCACGCAGCGUAGCAGAGCGUCCGGGCCAGCCAAGUCCUGCCCACUGUCCUAAGACCUCCAGAGAAGCACGGUGUCUAUUGGGCAGGACAAACCCAGCUUUAGCAGUAGUGGAACAAUGCAUUCUCAACUCUGGAGAUGCACACUGUUUAAAAGACUGUGACUCUGCUAGAAUGAACAAAAAGUAAGCUAACCAAGGAAGCUGAUUCUGAACAAAAGUUUAGCACGUUAUAGCGCAUAAUUCGUCAAUGGCAUGUAGACACGACAGUAUGCAUUUUAUCACUUAUUUUUUGACAUUUUAGGGGAAAUUGAGCUUCCUUUGCAGUCAUAGAGCAAUCACCUCUGGUAUAUACAGUAUAUACUUUACUAUGUACGAUGGUUGCAAUGAGUAACUGUGAUGUGUUGCAGCCGAGCCACGCUCUAACAACCUCCCCGCUGUGAUCGGAGCAGCUGUAGGCGGGAUGCUCUUCGCGGCCAUCGCGACUGUGCUGCUGCUCGUGUACAUUUUCCGAAACCGCAACA